AUGAAGAGGGACACCUGGACGAAGAAAGCUGGUGACGAUUCACUCAACGAAAGCUAUCUCGGGACCGCAGCUCCCAAGCCAAAGAUGGAUGCAAGCCCUGCCAGUGCGACCUCAUGCAGUGAAAAUACCACCAACAUUGCAAUGCCUGAGUUCAAAUUGGAGAUCAAUAUUCGCGACAGCUCAAACAUCACGCCCAUCUGGCUUCCUCCAACUCGCUCUUCCACCCUUUACUUUUGCCCAUUCCAUAAACGUCACGUCCAUCACCACCCAGAGGCAUGCUACAUAAACCCAAAGACCCCAGAGCAACGUCGUAUUAAUGCAGCCACGACCGCAGCAUCCAACUCGAGAGAGCCAGCAUCCAAGCCAGAGAGGGAGCUAAACUGGGUAGCUGCCUAUGGAAGUUUCAGAUAUUGGGAGAGCAUGGUGUACCCCGGUACUGCGCCUACACACUUCGUGAGCAUAUGGGUCGCUGCCCUGGAGGGGCUGUCUUACCAAGCAGAACGCCGGAUUUAUUCUUUGUUCCCUAUCUUUCAGUUCUUGAAGGCUGUAAGCGCCUGUAAUGAGACACAUGCAUGGCUGAGCAGCCUUCAUAUAGACGUUGACGCUACUGCGCCUCCCAAGGCUGUUCUGGAAUCGAUAACCCACAAAUUCAUUGCGACUGAGAACGCACGGCUUCAGUUUCAGUCGGGGCCUAGAAAUUCCAUCCCUGGUGUGCCCAACAGCGUGGAGAAUCAGUUUCCACCCCCAGCAAAUUCAACAAUUACUUUCUGCCAUUUUCACGGGCGCCAUGCCUAUCAUUCAAUGGCGGAAUGUCAUCUAAAUCCUCAUCGAACUGCGAUUCGAUCGGGCCCCGGAUCGUUUACGCCAUACAGUCAAGGAGGUCUGUAUACUUUCCAGGUGCAUCGUAAGUACCCCUCUUAUGGCCGUGACUUGCCAGGCAGGAUUUGA